AAUGGCGGCGAAUGAUGGAACUAUUGCGGCUGGUAAGCUCUCCCAGAAAGAAGCUGAUAUCCAGAUGAUGUUAUCGGCUAAUGUUCACCUUGGUACCAAAAACUGCGAUUAUCAGAUGGAGCGUUAUGUCUUCAAGAGACGCAACGACGGUAUCUACAUUAUCAACCUAGGAAAGACAUGGGAGAAGCUAGAGUUGGCUGCCAGGGUUAUUGUAGCAAUCGAAAACCCGAAAGACAUUAUUGUUCAAUCAGCUAGGCCUUAUGGGCAAAGAGCAGUGUUGAAGUUUGCUCAGUAUACUGGUGCUAAUGCAAUUGCUGGAAGACACACUCCUGGAACAUUCACCAACCAAAAGCAGACUUGUUUCAGUGAGCCAAGGUUGCUCAUUGUCACCGACCCAAGAACCGACCAUCAGCCAAUUAAAGAAAGUGGUCUGGGGAGGAUUCCAACUAUUGCCUUGUGUGACACGGAUUCUCCAAUGGGAUUUGUCGACAUUGGUAUUCCUGCUAACAACAAGGGAAAACACAGCAUUGGUUGUCUUUUAUGGCUUUUGGCUCGUAUGGUUCUCCAAAUGCGUGGAACCCUUCGUCCAUCUCAGAAAUGGGAUGUCAUGGUGGAUCUGUUUUUCUACAGGGAGCCUGAAGAAGCAAAGCAAGAAGAUGAAGAAGAAGCUGCUCCAGGAUAUGGAAUUGUGGGUGGAGAACAAUGGACAACAGUUCAGAUUCCUGAUUCUGCAUGGCCUGGUGAAGCCGAGCAACCAAUUUCUGCUGCACCUAGAGUAGGCGGUUAUUCCGGUUUGAUGCUGCAAUCAGAUGGAUGGGAAACUUCGGUUCCACUUCCACCACCAGCUGCUGUCCCAGCCGCCGGUUUACAUAUAGACAAUGAUUAUUUUUUUUUUUUUUCUCCUUCUAAUAGAGAUUGAAGAGGACUAUUAUUAGUACCAUUUACUUCUCUUGCUUACUUGUAUCUCGAAAAUUGAGA